AUGAGAAUUAUGGUGUAUGGUUUCACACAAUUUUGCACCUGGUUUGUGGAAAGACAUCCUGGGUAUUUUAUAGCCCCUCUGAGGAUCAAUGGCAGUGGCAUUGAGUCCAUGUUCAGUUUAUUCAAGUUCUGUGCCGCAGGCAACCUCUCUGCAAACAACUACGGCUCAAUUAGAGGACGGGUCAUCACUGGUAAAGAAGUAGUAUUAAACAGUAACUCUGAGAGGGGAUACCGUGAUGACAGAAUACUUGUUUCUGGCAAUCUGCAGCAGAGUGAGACAUCUGCUGGAUCAAGAGUGGCAUAUUCUGUGCGAGUUUUGUUUGACCCAUUUGGUUUGGACAGGGUUAAAGAAUUUCAUUUCUUUUACAACCUCUGCCAGUCUUCAAUUGGUGGAUGA